CGUCAUUCCAUACACACUGCAGCCAACAUGGCUGACAGCAUCCCGUUAAACCCAGUGCGGAAAAACUCGAAGAAAAUUGCGUAUUACAAUGCUGGCAGAGCUGCUAGGUACCAGUCAGAAGACGAGCCCUCCAAUCUGGACGAGAUGCCCCUGAUGAUGUCUGAAGAAGGCUUUGAGAACGAAGAGAGCGACUACCACACGCUGCCGCGUGCCCGCAUUAGCCAGAGGCGCAGAGGCCUUGGCUGGUUCCUGUGCGGUGGCUGGAUGAUCCUCUGUGGGAGCUGCUGCGACUGUAUCUUUCACUUCUGCCGGCGGAAGAAGGAGCUGAAGGCUCGCACCGUGUGGCUCGGCUGCCCAGAGAAAUGUGAAGAGAAACACCCCAAGAACGCCAUCAAGAACCAGAAGUACAACAUCUUCACCUUCAUGCCAGGGGUUCUCUACCAGCAGUUUAAAUUCUUCCUCAAUCUGUACUUCCUGGUGGUGGCAUGCUCUCAGUUUGUACCGUCUCUGAAGAUUGGGUAUUUGUACACCUAUUGGGCCCCAUUGGGCUUUGUGUUGGCUGUAACUAUGAUGAGGGAGGCUGUUGACGAGGUGCGGCGUUACACGAGGGAUAAAGAGAUGAACUCUCAGCUGUACAGCAAACUCACUGUUAGAGGUAAAGUCCAAGUGAAAAGUUCAGACAUCCAAGUUGGAGACCUCAUCAUUGUUGAAAAGAAUCAGAGAAUUCCUGCAGAUAUGAUUUUCCUGAGGACAACAGAGAAAACUGGCGCUUGCUUCAUCCGGACUGAUCAGCUGGACGGAGAGACGGACUGGAAGCUGAAAGUGGCCGUGGCCUGCACACAGAGACUGCCAGCAUUAGGGGACCUGUUCUCCAUCAAUGCCUAUGUCUACGCCCAGAAGCCCCAACUGGACAUCCACAGCUUCGAGGGCAACUUCUCCAGGGAGGACUGUGAUCCAACCAUCCACGAGAGCCUGAGCAUUGACAACACUCUGUGGGCCAGCACUGUGGUGGCGUCAGGCACUGUCAUCGGGGUGGUGAUCUACACAGGCAAAGAGACCAGAAGUGUGCUGAACACCUCCCAGUCCAAAAAUAAGGUGGGGCUGCUGGACCUGGAGCUCAACCGUCUGACCAAGGCCCUCUUCCUGGCCCAAGUGGUGCUCUCCGUUGUCAUGGUAGCGCUGCAGGGCUUCCUCGGGCCCUGGUUCCGUAACCUGUUCCGUUUUGUGGUGCUCUUCUCUUACAUCAUUCCAAUCAGUCUGCGGGUGAACCUGGACAUGGGGAAGUCUGCAUAUGGCUGGAUGAUAAUGAAGGAUGAGAACAUCCCGGGAACAGUGGUGAGAACCAGCACCAUCCCAGAGGAGCUCGGCCGCCUCGUCUACCUGCUCACAGACAAAACAGGCACGUUGACUCAGAAUGAGAUGAUCUUUAAACGGCUGCACCUGGGCACUGUGUCUUAUGGGACAGACACAAUGGACGAAAUCCAAAACCACAUCGCUCAGGCUUACGCACAGAAGUCCAGCGGUGACGGCAGCGGUGGAGCAGGUGGUGGAGGCAGCGGCACCAGCACCACGUCCGCUCCAGGAGCCACGCCGCCCCGCAACAAGGUCCAGCAGCCGGCAGCGCCCAAGGUCCGCAAGAGCGUGAGCAGCCGCAUCCACGAGGCCGUGAAGGCCAUCGCACUGUGCCACAACGUAACGCCUGUCUACGAGUCCCGUGCCAAUGGCGCCAACGGCGAGGCAGAGGCCGCCGAGGCUGACCAGGACUACAGCGACGACAACCGCACCUACCAGGCCUCCAGCCCAGACGAGGUGGCCCUGGUGCGCUGGACAGAGAGUGUGGGCCUGACGCUGGUGAACCGCGACCUGACCUCCCUGCAGCUGAAGACACCCUCGGGGCAGAUCCUCACCUACUUCAUCCUGCAGAUCUUCCCCUUCACCUCCGAGAGCAAGCGCAUGGGCAUCAUCGUCAGGGAAGAGGCAACGGGUGAAAUCACUUUCUACAUGAAGGGGGCCGAUGUUGCCAUGGCAAGCAUUGUGCAGUACAACGAUUGGUUGGAAGAAGAGUGUGGGAAUAUGGCCAGAGAGGGGCUUCGUACUCUUGUGGUUGCCAAGAAAUCUCUGUCAGAGGAGCAGUAUCAGGACUUUGAGAACCGCUACACCCAGGCCAAGCUGAGCCUGCACGACCGCGCACUGAAGGUGGGGGCGGUGGUGGAGAGCCUGGAGCGGGAGUUGGAGCUGCUCUGUCUGACCGGCGUGGAGGACCAGCUGCAGGCCGACGUCAGGCCCACGCUCGAGCUGCUAAGGAACGCUGGCAUCAAGAUCUGGAUGCUGACUGGAGACAAGCUGGAGACGGCCACAUGCAUCGCCAAGAGCUCUCACCUGGUGUCUAGGAGUCAGGACAUUCACGUCUUCAGACCGGUGUCCAACAGGAGUGAAGCUCACCUGGAGCUCAACGCCUUCAGGCGGAAACAUGACUGUGCCCUGGUUAUCUCAGGAGACUCACUGGAGGUGUGCCUGCGCUACUACGAGCACGAGUUCGUGGAGCUGGCGUGCCAGUGCCCGGCGGUGGUGUGCUGCCGCUGCUCGCCCACCCAGAAGGCCCAGAUCGUCCGGCUGCUCCAGCAGCACACCAACAACCGCACCUGUGCCAUAGGUGAUGGCGGAAACGAUGUCAGUAUGAUCCAGGCAGCAGACUGUGGCAUCGGUAUUGAGGGGAAGGAGGGAAAACAGGCGUCUCUGGCCGCCGACUUCUCCAUCACGCAGUUCAAACACAUCGGCCGGCUGCUCAUGGUCCACGGGCGGAACAGCUACAAGCGAUCGGCCGCUCUGGGCCAGUUCGUCAUGCACCGCGGCAUGAUCAUCUCCACCAUGCAGGCAGUGUUUUCUUCAAUUUUCUACUUCGCCUCUGUGCCCUUAUACCAAGGAUUCCUCAUGGUGGGCUAUGCCACCAUCUACACCAUGUUCCCAGUGUUCUCCCUGGUGCUGGACCAGGACGUGAAGCCGGAGAUGGCUCUGCUCUACCCAGAGCUCUACAAGGACCUCACCAAGGGUCGCUCCUUGUCUUUCAAGACAUUCCUUAUUUGGGUGUUGAUAAGUGUGUACCAAGGGGGCAUCCUAAUGUACGGGGCGCUGCUGCUGUUCGAGUCGGAGUUUGUGCAUGUGGUGGCCAUCUCGUUCACAGCGCUGGUGCUGACCGAGCUGCUGAUGGUGGCGCUCACCGUGCGCACGUGGCACUGGCUCAUGGUGGUGGCCGAGUUCUUCAGCCUGGGCUGCUACCUGGCCUCGCUCGCCUUCCUCAACGAGUACUUCGGCAUAGGCAGAGUGUCUCUCGGAGCGUUUCUGGACUUGGGCUUCAUCACUACCAAGGCCUUCCUGUGGAAAGUGUCGGCCAUCACGGUGGUGAGCUGUCUGCCCCUGUACAUCGUCAAGUAUCUCAAGAGGAAGUUCUCUCCCCCCAGCUACUCCAAGCUGUCUUCAUGAGAGUGCCUCCUCUUAAGCACAAGACCAGACAUUUGUUAUGGCACAUACGUACAUAUAUACACUGUACUGAUACAGAACAUGGGGAAUGAUAUUUAUGGUGGCAAAAAGAAGAGUGGACAUCAUAAUUUGAUAAACUUGAAAAGACUGAAAGACUGAAGCACUUGCGGCAGAGAUGGAGAGAGACAUAAAGAAAAAGAAAAGACAGCUGAAAGACAAUGUGAAGUGUGAUGUCGAUGGCCUUUGUUCAUUGGAAUGCCUACCUGCUAAAUUUGUCCUCCUUCACUAUUAGUCAUGGACACUCCAAUAUUUUUUUCCUUUUUUUGUAUGUGCAACUUGAAUCUGUUUUGCCAUGUGUCUGAGUUUUGGUGUAAGUUUUGAUCUACCUGACGCUUUUUCUAUUACCUGGAAAACUAUGGCAGUAUGCAGACUUAACUCUUGCCCUGUGCUGGCUCUAACAAAGAACUUCAAGCUUUGUUCCCCCUACCAGCUUUAGCGGGAGAGCGAAGCGUCGAACACCUGGAGUCUCUUUAGGACAGGAUAUAGCUGAAGAAAUAUUUUUGUUCUCCUAGCAGUGUCCUCUGCUCGCUAACUGGUCAGCUUUGCAGCCCUGCACACCAGCUGAUACUUUUCCGACCUCCCAAGUACUCUGCAAGCCACCAGGAGCAGUCGUUUGAUUUUUUUUUUUUUUUUUUUCACGUUUUAUUUGUUCCGAGAACAAUGUUAUUUCUGCCUUGGAUUUCCAUUGGUUUUCCUACUGCUCAACAGAUCUUGUGUAGUUAGUAUACUAGAAAAGAAGACAUGCUGUAUAGUUUUGCCGUGACGCAUCACUACUUUUUUACUUCAGUCAUUCCCCUCAGACAAUGACUUCUUGACCCCUUGGCAAUUUUUAUGAAUGUGAUUUAACGGACAUAUAAGUACAGCAAUGACAUGCGCCUCUUUUUUUCGAUCAGUGUUUAGCCUUCUGCUUUGUAGCGGUUUAAUUUCAAAACAAUCAUCAACGAAAUCACAUCAUUUCAAGUUGGAUGGAUGAGGCAAAUGUCAUGCCUUGGCUCAACAUAAAAUGGUUUAUCCUCAAAACAUUGCCACUGGUGUUACAUCGUAUUUCUAGCUUAUUUCAACUGUAGUCAUCUUUGGUUGCUAACAGAACCACAUAAUGUAAGUCUGCCAGGCUGGGAACAGUAUGCAGACAUCAGUAUUUUGUUAGGAUGAGUUUUAUCAUUCACACCCUUGUCUGUCUAUGCUACUGUUUGUGAGAGUGUAUUUAUGUGACAAAAUGAACGUAAAAAAUAGUUGACUCUUAUUUGUAUGGGUUGAUUAUGUGUUUUUUGUGUAUGUAUGUGUGCAUGUGAAUGUGUGUGUGUUUUAUGUAGAGGUGCCAUUCAUUUCAGUCACAUUUCAGUUGCACUAAGGCUGAUUGCUCUGAUUUUCAAAUGGAAGCACAGUAGAUAUGCAUUUAUGACAUGUCAACAAUGUUUUGAUUUAUUUUUUGUCAUUUUCACAUCACUGAAUGAUUCAAUCAAUCACACACAAUCUGCUGGAGCAAAACAGAUGUUUACCCUGGGAGUGUUCAGCUUCAUAUGGCAACUAUGAUUCUGUGCAAGAUCAUUUGUUUUUUUAAUUAUUUUUUUAUGUGAGCUCGCAUUCCAUGUCUACUGCUUUUUUAAAAACAUUUCUGUCCAUGUUUAUUAAUAUAUGAUUAAUAAAAGAGCAAUAACUU